GUAUCAUUGUGUCAUUAAGCUGUGCAAAAUGAAGACGGAAAUUAAAGGUCCAUUUAUUGGAGCCCGUCAUCUUCAAACGCUUUUACUCUUUCUGGCAGCUGGAGUUAACUAUGCUACAAGACUUAACAUUGCAGUUUCUUUGGUUGCUAUGACAGAUUCAAAAACAACAAAUCCCAACUUUUAUGAAUUCGAUUGGACCGAAAAACAAAAAUCCUACAUUCUGAGCAGUUUCUUUUGGGGAUACAGUCUUUUCCAACUUCCUGGAGGAUAUGCAGCUCGUCGAUUUGGCGUCAAAAGAACUAUUUUAAUUGGAACAUUUUCCGGAGCUCUGUUGAGUCUUUCGAUACCGUUUUGUGUAUUUUGGGGAGGUUGGCAAAUAUUUUGUGUUAUUCGACUUCUUCAGGGUUGUGGUCAGGGUGUACUUUUUCCUAGUGUUUACCAGCAUCUAGCAAAGUGGUGUCCUGAAGAAGAACGAAAUCGACUUGGAGUGCUUUGUCAUUCAGGUGUAGAAUGUGGCACAAUUGUGGCAAUGUAUGUUACCGGGAUGGUUGCUGCUUCGGAUAUGGGAUGGCCAGGAAUAUCGUAUGUUUUCAGUGGAAUGAGUAUAGGCUUUAGUUUGCUUUGGCUGAUAUUCGCUGAAAAUAGUCCAGCUGAUGCAAAGUUUAUUACUGCUAUCGAAAGGAGUUACAUUCUAAGUUCUCAAGCAAGUGUUGAACGAAAGAAGAAGCAAACACCAGUACCAUGGAAGGCUAUUUUGACAUCUGGUCCGUUUAUAUCACUUUUAAUAGCGCGGUUAUGUGACACUUGGGGCUUUAUGACGAUGCAAGCCCAAAUUCCAUCUUAUCUUCAUGGAGCUUUGAAAAUGGAAAUUACUAAAAAUGCAUUCUAUUCAGCUUUACCUUAUUUCACGAUGUGGGUGUGCUUGUAUAUCUUUAUGAUAUCAUCUGACAUAGUAUUAAGAAAGAAAUGGACUUCGUUACUGGUAGUACGGAAAACUUGUAACACAAUAGCAAUGUUUGGUCCUGCAGCACUUUUUAUCGCGAUUGGAUUUCUAAAUGAAAGUCAAAGAACUUUAGCGAUAAUCUUUAUCACUUUAAAUGUGGGACUGAAUGGUGGUCAUAUCAUUGGUAAUUUAUUAAAUCUAAUUGAUUUAGCACCAAAUCAUACAAGUAUCCUUAUGGCUUUUGUUAACACUUUUGCGAGUAUUGUUGCUCUGGUUUCUCCACUUGUUGUCGGAAUAAUUGUUCAUGAUGUUAAUGAUCGAUCACAAUGGCAGAUUGUGUUUUGGAUAGCAGCAGGACUUUUUAUCCUUGGGAACUUACAAUUUUUGUUUUUCGCCCAGACUGAUGCGCAACCAUGGAACGAUAAAGAUUUUAUGGCUAAGAGUGAUAAAGAAAAAGGUGAAAAAAUUAAGGAAGUACCUUCAAUAGGUUUACACUGUAAAAAAUAG